UGGCAGGAGGACACGUUCGCCAUUUAAAUCCAUUACAAGGACAUCUCAAAGCACGUUUCUCGACAAGCCUAGGGUCCUUACGCUACACCCUCAACACACCAGAUUGACACCGCCUGGCCAUAGGAAAAAAAAAAAAAAAAGAAGAAAAAAGGAAACAGUCUCUCCCUUCUCUCUUUCUCUCUCCCUCUGUGUGUGUAUAUGUGAUCAGCGAGCAACUCACGGAUCGGAUCUGCGUUUGUUGUUAUUUAUAUACAUGCAUAAAUAAAUGACAGAGAAACGCGAUCGCUAUGCCUCGAAGAAGACUCGGUCCUAAUUAUUCAAAAGUGAAAAAGAAAAAAGAAACAAAAUAAAAGGCCACAGCAUUUUAUUUUUAAGGAAAAUUAUCCUCUUGGUUCAAUUACUUAUUCCUUAGGGUUUGCUUCGUCUCUCAAUUUUGAAGAUAAAUGCAUGUUUGAAAGCUAUCCAAAUGAAGCUAUUAUUAUUAUGUGCAGAGAAUGCGCUUUAUUUGAGUCUCUUUUCCACGUCUUGAUCGUGUUUUGCUAGUUAAUAAGUGGCGCUUUGGCAGAAUGGCAGCCUCACCUGUGAAAUUCCUAUUUGGAUUUUUGAUGAUUUCCAUCACAUUGUGGAUGGUCUUCAUAUUUGCUUCUAGAUUGCUGGCUUGGAUUUUAAGUCGGAUUGUUGGAGCAUCUGUUGGAUUUCGAGUUGGUGGAUGGAAAUGUUUACGAGAUGUCAUAGUGAAGUUCAAAAAGGGUCCUCUUGAAUCCAUAUCAGUUGGUGAAAUUAGACUCAGCUUACGCCAGUCUUUGGUCAAGCUUGGUGUUGGUUUCAUUUCCAGGGAUCCUAAGCUGCAAGUGUUAAUAUGCGACUUGGAAAUUGUAAUGAGGACUUCUAGCAAAGGCACACAAAAAAAGAAAACUCGAAGAGUCCGGUCCCGCUCUUCAGGUUCAGGCCGGGGAAAGUGGAUGGUGUUAGCUAACAUAGCAAGAUUUCUGUCAGUUUCCGUUACGGAUUUGGCUGUGAAGACACCCAAAGCUAUGAUUGAAGUUAAGGAAUUGAAGUUGGACAUAACCAAAGAUGGUGGAUCCAAGCCAAAUCUAUUCGUUAAACUACACAUAUUACCUAUUGUUAUUCACACGGGUGAACCACGUGUUAGUUGUGACCAGUCAUCCAACAUUGACAGUGGAGGAUGCAUUACUGCAGGCGAGACAUCAUAUGGUUCAGUAGAAGGGCCAUCUGCUUCCUUUAGCUGCGAAGACUUUUCCCUUUCUUGUGAAUUUGGUCAUGAUAGGGAAGUAGGUGUAAUUAUCCGGAAUGUGGAUGUUACCAGCGGGGAGGUUACUGUGAACCUGAAUGAGAAGCUGCUUUCAAAAAAGAAGACUUCAGAUACUUCUUCUCAGACAGAUAAAGCUCUAGUUGGUUCUGCCAUUGCUAAAGAUCCACAGAGAAAACAAUCACCACUUGUUGCAAUUAUAAAGUAUAGUUCUAUGUUUCCUGAAAAGGUUUGUUUCAAUUUACCAAAACUGAAUGUGAGGUUUGUUCAUCGAGAACAUAAUCUUGUUAUUGAGAAUAAUAUCAUGGGCAUCCAAUUCAAGAGCCUCAAAACCCGAUGUACUGAAGAUGUGGGGGAGAGUACACGCCUAGAUAUUCAGAUGGACUUCAGUGAGAUACAUCUUCUCAGGGAGGUUAGCACUUCUAUUAUGGAGAUACUGAAAGUUGUUGUCAUCUCUUUCAUUUACAUUCCAAUACAGCCGAUAUCACCAGUUAGAGCAGAGAUAGAUGUUAAGCUGGGAGGUACUCAAUGCAACAUUAUAAUGAGUAGAUUAAAGCCAUGGUUGCAACUCCACUACUCAAAGAAGAAAAAGAUGGUACUUCGGGAGGAAAUACCUACUGUUGUAAAGCCGCAAUCAACUGAUUCCAAAGCCAUCAUGUGGACAUGUACAGUCUCUGCUCCAGAGAUGACUAUUGUGCUCUAUACUAUCAAUGGGUUGCCUUUGUAUCAUUUCUGUUCACAAUCUUCACAUGUGUUCGCAAAUAACAUAUCAAGCAUGGGCACUGCUAUACAUUUGGAGCUUGGUGAACUAAACUUGCACAUGGCAGAUGAAUAUCAAGAAUGCUUGAAAGAAAGCUCAUUUGUUGUGGAAUCAAAUUCAGGUGCUUUAGUUCAUAUAGCAAGGGUUAGUUUAGACUGGGGCAAAAAGGAUAUUGAAUCCUCUGAAGAGGAUAGUGCUAGUUGUAAGUUGGCUCUCUUUGUUGAUGUAACUGGUAUGAGUGUUUAUUUUAACUUCAAGCGCCUAGAAUCACUUAUAAUAACUGCUAUUUCCUUUCAAACUCUCCUGAAAAGUCUAUCUGCUUCUGGUAAGAGAGCAACACAGAGCCGAAGUGGACGAUCAUCUAAACCAUCUGGGAAAGGGAUUCAAGUAUUAAAAUUCAAUCUAGAACGGUGUUCAGUAAAUUUUUCUGGUGACACAAGUUUGGAGAAUGCAGUUGUUGCUGAUCCCAAGCGCGUCAAUUAUGGAUCACAGGGUGGUAGAGUCAUAAUUAGCAUCUUAGAUGAUGGGAGACCGCGUACUGCAAAUGUGAUAUCCACAGUUUCUGAUGAUUGCAAGACGUUGAAGUAUUCACUUUCUCUUGACAUUGUCAAUUUCACUUUGUGUCUGAACAAGGAGAACCAAUCUACAGAGCUGGAGCUUGAAAGAGCAAGGUCUAUUUAUCAGGAACAUUUGGAGGAACAUACACUUGAUACAAAAGUAACAUUGUUUGAUAUACAGAAUGCAAAAUUCGUACGGCGCUCUGGUGGUCUUAAAGGGAUAUCUAUUUGCUCUCUGUUUAGUGCUACUGUUAUUACAGUCAGGUGGGAGCCUGAUAUACAUCUAUCACUAAUUGAACUUGUUCUGCAACUAAAGUUGCUGGUGCACAAUCAAAAGCUCCAGGGACAUGGUAAUGAAAAUACUGAAGAUGCCUUUAGCAUGGGGGACACUGAACAGAAGAAAGAUGCCUCUUCGGAAUCAGGACACCUGGAUAAGCCUAAGAAAAAGGAAACUAUUUUUGCCAUUGAUGUGGAAAUGCUGAAUAUAUCUGCUGGGGCUGGAGAUGGGGUUGAUGCUAUGGUGCAGGUUCGGUCAAUAUUUUCUGAGAAUGCCCGUAUAGGAGUACUUCUUGAAGGACUCAUGCUUGGUUUCAAUGGGGCCAGAGUGUUCAAAAGCGGCAGAAUGCAAAUUUCCCGUAUACCCAGUGCCUCUAGCAGUUUGGCUGAUGCCAAACUCCCAGCACCCAUCACAUGGGAUUGGGUGAUUCAAGGGCUUGAUGUUCAUAUCAGCAUGCCAUACAGGUUGGAGUUACGUGCCAUUGAUGAUUCAGUUGAAGAUAUGUUGCGAGCUUUGAAGAUUAUUACUGCAGCUAAAACGCAGCUUAUAUAUCCCAUGAAGAAAGAAAGCUCAAAGCCUAAAAAACCUAGUUCAUCGAAAUUUGGAUGUAUAAAGUUUUGCAUACGCAAGUUAACUGCUGAUAUUGAGGAAGAACCAAUGCAGGGUUGGCUUGAUGAGCACUAUCGCCUGAUGAAGAAUGAGGCCUGUGAGCUGGCUGUCAGGUUGAAGUUUCUUGAUGAAUUCAUUACCAAAGUUAACCAUUGUCCUAAAUCUGCUGAAACUAAUAAUUCCACCGUUGAAAGAAAGGUUCUGUAUGAUGGGGUUCAGGUUGAUGUAGGAGAUCCUUCUGCUAUAGAGAAAAUACAAGAAGAAAUUUAUAAACAAUCAUUUAGAACAUACUACCAGGCAUGCCAGAAGCUAGUACCUUCUGAAGGUUCAGGUGCCUGUAGGCAAGGGUUUCAGUCUGGUUUUAAGACUAGCACUGCAAGAACUUCUCUUAUUUCAAUUUCUGCUACAGAUUUGGAUUUGAGCUUGACAAAGAUAGAUGGGGGGGAUGAUGGGAUGAUAGAAGUUCUGAAAAAGCUUGAUCCUGUAUGUGGUGAAGAGAAUAUACCAUUUUCCCGACUCUAUGGGAGCAACAUUUUAUUACGUGCGGGCACUCUGGUUGUUCAGAUAAGAGAUUACACCUUUCCUCUUUUUGCUGCUACUGCUGGUAAAUGUGAAGGCUGCGUGGUGCUAGCACAGCAGGCAACACCCUUUCAGCCUCAAAUUUACCAAGAUGUCUUCAUUGGGAGGUGGAGAAAGGUGUGCAUGCUCCGUUCAGCUAGUGGCACAACUCCUCCAAUGAAAACAUACUUUGAUUUGCCUAUAUUUUUUCAGAAAGGCGAAGUGUCUUUUGGUGUAGGUUAUGAACCAUCUUUUGCUGAUUUGAGCUAUGCUUUUACUGUUGCUCUUUGUAGGGCUAAUCUAAGUGUGAGAAAUCCUCGUCCACUAGUUCAACCACCAAAAAAGGAGCGCAAUUUACCAUGGUGGGAUGAUAUGAGAAAUUACAUUCAUGGAAAUAUCACUUUAGUCUUUUCUGAAACUAGGUGGCAUAUUCUUGCAACCACAGAUCCUUAUGAAAAGCUUGACAAGCUUCAAAUUACAUCUGGUUCAAUGGAGAUACAGCAGUCAGAUGGCCGCAUUUAUUUGUCUGCAAAGGAUUUUAAGAUUUUAUUGAGCAGUUUGGAGAGCUUGGCAAACAGCUGUGGCUUAAAACUCCCCACUAGUGGAUAUGCUUUCCUUGAAGCCCCAGUAUUUACACUUGAAGUGACAAUGGAUUGGGAUUGUGAUUCUGGCACUCCGCUGAAUCACUAUCUAUUUGCACUUCCUAUUGAAGGGAAGCCUCGUGAAAAAGUUUUUGAUCCAUUCAGAUCUACAUCUCUGUCACUCCGGUGGAACUUUUCUCUAAGACCUUCUCUUCCCUCCUGUCAGAACCAAUCCUUUUCUUCCUCCAUGGAUGAUAGCACUGUUGUAGAUGGAACUGUCUAUAACCCACCUAACAAGCCUGAAAAUGUUACAGUUGUACCUCCAUCAGUGAAUCUUGGUGCCCAUGAUUUGGCGUGGCUAAUUAAGUUUUGGAAUUUGAAUUACCUUCCCCCCCACAAGUUACGUUAUUUCUCCCGGUGGCCUCGUUUUGGAGUUCCGAGAAUUCCCAGAUCAGGCAAUUUGUCACUGGACAGAGUAAUGACAGAAUUUUUUCUUCGCAUAGAUUCUACACCUGCUCGUAUUAAACAUAUGCCAUUAGAUGAUGACGAUCCAGCAAAAGGAUUAACUUUUAAUAUGUCAAAGCUGAAAUAUGAACUCUGUUUCAGUCGGGGAAAGCAAAAGUACACUUUUGAAUGCAAGCGAGAUACUCUUGAUCUUGUUUACCAGGGUGUUGACCUUCACACACCUAAGGCUAUAAUAGAUAAAGAAGAUUCUACCAGUGUUGCAAAAGUAGUUCAAAUGACAAGGAAAAGUUGUCAUCCUCCCACUAUGGAUAGAAUUCCCAGUGAAAAACGCAAUAAUAUUGGUGGUUGCACUGAAAAGCACCGGGAUGAUGGAUUUCUUUUGUCAUGUGAUUAUUUCACAAUAAGACGGCAGGCACCAAAGGCUGACCCUGAAAGUCUUUUGGCAUGGCAAGAGACUGGGAGAAGAAAUCUUGAGAUGACAUAUGUCAGGUCUGAGUUUGAAAAUGGGAGUGAGAGUGAUGAUCACACACGAUCUGAUCCAAGUGACGAUGAUGGGUACAAUGUGGUAAUUGCUGAUAAUUGUCAGAGAGUUUUUGUUUAUGGUCUCAAGCUUUUAUGGACUAUUGAGAAUAGGGAUGCUGUUUGGUCCUGGGUUGGUGGAAUAUCCAAAGCAUUUGAACCUCCCAAACCUUCUCCUUCUCGGCAGUAUGCACAAAGGAAAUUACUUGAGGAUAACCAGUCACGUGUUGAAAAUGAAGAGAUUCCGGAUGAUACGUCUAAGCCCCCUUCUACCAGCCAUGAUGCCAAUUCUCCUUAUCAACAUGCAGUGACUUCAGCAUCUCUUUCAUCUCCAUCACAUUCAGUUAAAAUAGACAAUUCAUCAUUUGCUGCACUUGUGAAAAAUGGAAUCAUAGAUGAUUCUCAACAGGAAGGGACUCGGCAUUUCAUGGUGAAUGUUAUAGAGCCACAAUUCAAUCUCCAUUCAGAAGAUGCCAAUGGCAGGUUUCUGCUUGCAGCUGUCAGUGGUCGUGUUCUAGCCCGAUCAUUCAAUUCUAUCCUUCAUGUUGGAUAUGAGAUGAUGGAACAAGCACUGGGCAAUGGAAAUGCACAACUUCCUGAAAGUGUACCUGAAAUGACAUGGAAGCGCAUGGAGUUCUCUGUAAUGUUGGAGCAUGUGCAGGCUCAUGUUGCACCAACUGAUGUUGAUCCUGGGGCUGGAUUACAGUGGCUUCCAAAAAUUCGAAGAAGCUCUCCAAAAGUAAAGCGUACUGGUGCUCUACUUGAAAGAGUCUUUAUGCCUUGUGAUAUGUAUUUCCGGUACACGAGACACAAAGGCGGGACUCCAGAUCUGAAGGUGAAGCCUCUAAAGGAGCUCACUUUCAAUACUCAGAAUAUAACGGCUACAAUGACAUCUCGGCAGUUUCAGGUUAUGCUGGAUGUGUUGACCAACCUCCUCUUUGCAAGGCUUCCCAAACCUAGAAAGAGCAGUCUGUCAUAUCCAGCUGAAGAUGAUGAAGAUGUUGAAGAGGAGGCAGAUGAGAUGGUGCCUGAUGGUGUAGAAGAGGUAGAACUUGCUAAAAUCAACCUUGAAGAAAAGGAACGGGAGCAGAAGUUACUUCUUGAUGACAUCAGGAGAUUGUCUCUUCAUGGCGAUACCUCUGCAGACAUACAUCCCAGAAAGCAAGGCGAAUUGUGGAUGGUCACAGGUGUAAGAUCCACUCUGGUUCAAGGACUGAAGAGAGAGCUUGUAAAUGUAAAAAAGUCUAGGAAGGCAGCAUCUGCAUCAUUAAGGAUGGCUCUGCAGAAAGCCGCCCAGUUACGACUGAUGGAGAAGGAAAAGAAUAAAAGCCCAUCUUAUGCCAUGCGCAUAUCUUUGCAAAUUUAUAAAGUUGUUUGGAGCAUGCUUGUAGAUGGCAAAUCUUUUGCAGAGGCUGAGAUAAAUGACAUGAGCUUUGAUUUUGACCGUGAUUACAAGGAUGUCGGUGUUGCUCUCUUUACCACAAAAUACUUUGUUGUGAGGAACUGCCUACCUAAUGCCAAGUCUGAUAUGGUUCUGUCAGCAUGGAAUCCUCCACCAGAUUGGGGAAAAAAAGUCAUGCUCCGUGUAGAUGCAAAGCAAGGAGUUCCGAGGGACGGAAAUUCUCGUAUUGAACUUUUCCAGGUAGAGAUUUAUCCCCUAAAGAUUCAUUUGACAGAGACAAUGUACAGGAUGAUGUGGGAAUAUUUCUUCCCAGAAGAAGAGCAGGAUUCACAAAGGCGUCAGGAAGUUUGGAAAGUUUCUACAACUGCUGGAGCAAGACGUGUAAAGAAGGGUCCAUCGAUCCAUGAGGCUUCUUCAUCAUAUGGCCACUCAACAAAAGAGUCUGAUGUCACAUCCAAACUAAUUGCUGGUUCAGGCCCAGAGUUAAGAAGAACAUCUUCUUUUGACAGAACAUGGGAAGAGUCUCUUGCAGAAUCUGUUGCGACUGAACUUGUCUUGCAGGCUCAUUCAUCCAGUCUUUCUUCUUCAAAAGGUGACCCAUUUGGUUCAAAUGAACAGUUAGAUGAGUCCACUAAAAUUAAACCAAAAGAGUCCAAGCCUGUAAAGUCCGGUCGGUCAUCUCAUGAAGACAAAAAAAUUGGAAAGUUAACUGAAGAGAAGAGAUCUCGACCUCGAAAGGUUAUGGAGUUUAACAAUAUUAAGAUCAGUCAGGUAGAGCUACAGAUUACUUAUGAAAGCUCGAGAUUUAAUCUGCAUGAGCUUAAGUUGCUGAUGGAUACAUUUCACCGUGUUGAGUUCACUGGGACUUGGAGGAGGCUUUUCUCACGAGUGAAGAAGCAUGUUGUUUGGGGAACCUUGAAGUCUGUGACAGGAAUGCAGGGCAAAAAAUUCAAAGACAAAGCACAUAGUCAACGUGAAUCUAAUGAUUCUGGUGUCCCUGAUAUCGAUCUGAAUUUCAGUGAUAAUGAUGGUCAGGCUGGGAAAUCUGAUCAAUAUCCAAACUGGCUUAAGCGCCCAAGUGAUGGAGCAGGUGAUGGAUUUGUAACUUCCAUAAGGGGACUAUUCAAUACGCAACGCCGGAAGGCCAAGGCGUUUGUACUGCGGACUAUGAGGGGUGAAGCAGAGAAUGAUUUUCAUGGUGAGUGGAGUGAAAGUGAUGCAGAGUUCUCUCCCUUUGCUAGGCAGCUCACGAUAACAAAAGCAAAAAGACUAAUCAAGCGGCACACAAAGAAAUUACGCUCAAGAGGACAGAAAGGUGCAUCCUCACAGCAAAAGGAAUCGCUUCCAUCAUCCCCAAGGGAAACUACUCCAUUUGAACAGUAUGAAAGUGAUUCUUCUAGUGAAUCUUCUCCAUAUGAGGAUUUUCAUGAGCAACUUGAAUUGCAAUCACUUAAAGGAGACUUUUGAAGGACUUCUGGGGAGCAUGCUGACAUGUUCUAUAAUGGUUCCCUGGUCGAUCAGGAAAUGUAAUGCAAUUUGCUUCUCAACCACCUCCUUUGCCAGAAACUUGGACGCUUCAAAAAUUGCCAAGUUAAUCAGGUUAAAGGACAGCCUGAAAUAGAUGCAAACCAUGCAUCACAUUUGUAGGGUGGUAGGCUAUGAAUAAUUGGAUCAAGGCAUGUGUAUGCUUUCGAGAGUUAACCGUGAUGAAUCUACAUUGUCCACUUCAUAGGCCCCUUGCUCAUAAGGCCUUCUGGAAGACUAGCUUCCGCCACGGUCAUGUAUAGUUUUGUAGCCCUAUUCCGAUUCUUAAGUAGAUAUAUGAUAUACGAGCUACGGAAGUCCGGCACAUUUGUAUAAAAGAGAGAGAAGGAAUUGUAAAUAUUUGAACAUAAUGGGAAAUAAAGGAAUACAUGAAUUCAUCUUUAGAUUCCUGAAAGAUGAUGUUUUGGAAUGCUUCAGGAAGAUUGGUGUAGUUGUGCUGUGACAAUCACCUAUUUGUAUCUAUGGGAAGGGGCUACAGAUCAUACUUUAAACGAGAUGGCUCCGCAUGUAGUUCCCGCCACGUUUAAUUAAUAAGAGCAAAGUUUUUCAUGAUUUA